AUCUUUUGAUCGCAACCACCACAUCGCAGCUCGCCGCAUAGUCAUUGCAAUCGCGCCUUUAGCCUGAUAGCUAGCGGACAGUUCUACUCAAGAGUUGAUCACAGAUACAAAUGGCAGGGCGACUAGACGCCCUCGGUCUUAUCUACAUACCUCUUCAACCAUGUCUGCAUCCUGGAACCGAAAGCCUGGUGUGCUGCCCCAUGUCCCUCCAGAGAUAUGGCAGCGCAUUCUAGAAAUGGCUACACUGGUUCCUGGUUCACUUGAUCCCGACAUCGAGGAUCCCUUCGACUGCUCUGAACCACGUCGAUGGCGAAAUCGCAUCACGAAGCCUGGCAUCCGUGACGAACAAGAAGACAUACGUGACUCUCUAAUCACGAAACGAUACGUCGUUCGGGUGUGCAAGCAGUGGUACACCCUCGGAAUGCCGCUGUUGUACCAGUCUAUCUUCGUAGGCAGGGAGCGUAUGUUCGCGACACUUCUGGAAACGUUGCGCCGAUCGCAAAACGACAUUGUUGUUGGUGAUGAUAAUCAUCACUCUCACCCCCUUGGUUGGUGGACACGCCGUCUCGACUUCCGAUUGCGCGACUCACCACACAAUGUGUCCCUCGGAGAGAUGACAGUCAAGGUCAUCGACGAAAUCUUUUCACUUCUUACCAACCUGUCCAUCUUUGUGUUGGCUCAUCCCCCCAGUCGUGGUGAAUACUACACUGCGCCGUACUCCAUAGCAGUCUCCCUUUUCGAGAGAUGUGGUUCGACCUUACAAAUGCUCUCUUGGGGCACUAGCUUCCGCUUUGAGGUGGGAUACGACUACGCUCAUCUGACCGCCGAGAUACUAAGCAAGACGCCCGCUCUUCGUACUGUUCAUGGCGAUUUUCCUGUCAUGAUGGAUACCCGGGCUCCAAUCGGUUCAGCGCGUCACCUCACCUCCCUCAUCACCUUCUCCCAACUUCCGGAACUCGUCCCCAGUCCGGACAAUACCAUAACAUUCCCAGCCUUGCAACAGUUCUAUUUCAUAGCCGAGCUCGCCAGGGACUGGCAUCCUUCCAGGGCACCAUUCAUGGCGACUCUCGGCGCGAACCUGACUACGUUGUAUAUUAGAUACUCCUCGAUGUCCAACGUUUACAGCCCCCUGUCAUCAUUCUCGUCCGAGUACUACCCUCGACUCGUCCACCUCAUUAUAAUCUGUUCGAAUUGGACAAGACUCGAAGGCCUGCGCAUUCCUCCACAGAUGACGCACCUUGGUCUGCUCUGUGAGAUGUCACAGAACAGUGAUGCCGUAUACGAAGAAGUGUUUAUGGUGUUGAGACAGGUUAUGACUCCACCAACCCCUUCGCUUCGAAUUGUGCGGUUUUUGAAUCCGCGAGGGACGAACGAUUUGAGGGAUCGCCAUAGGAAGGUGCUUCUGCGAGGCCUUCGGUGGCUGGCGCUGCAUGACUUGCGUGUUGAGGACCAUGAGGGAAGGGACAUGCGAGAUCUUCUGGGCUGAGAAUGACUAGCGAUUUGGGUGUACUGCGUAGGAAAUGCCAUUUGCUUCUGUGAUUGACUUUUUUUUGCGGUCUACCCACUGCAGCCUCUGGUUUCAUAUUGUUAGGCAGGCGACAGGGUCACAUUGGUCACCCGCUACUACUAGUCCUUGCCAUGAAUCGACACUAAUAUAAUUGGGACCGUAUCUCAUGGCCAGGGUACGAUAACAG